UGCACGCUUGCGACAUAGCAGUCUUCUGCAAGUGAUACCGACGGCUUUUACUUUUUUUUUUGCGAAAGAAAACAACUGUCAGCGUCUUGGAAAUUAGAAUCUACAAUGGUCCUUGCAGCCGUGGGGCAGCUCUGCGCGACAGCGAGCAUAGCUUCCAACCUAGCCCAAUGUCAGACAUUGAUUCGCAAGGCCGCAGCAGCAGGUGCUAAGGUCCUUUUUUUGCCUGAGGCAGCAGACUACAUUGCCUCUUCUGCAGAGGAGUCUCUUGCCCUUGCCCAGUCACCGGAAUGUGGUAAUUUUAUCUCAGCUCUACAACAAACAGCUAGAGGAGAGAACAUGCAUAUAAAUGUUGGCAUCCACGAGAUAGCUUCUGAAAAUAGGCUCAAGAACUCCUUGGUCUGGAUUGAUGAUAAGGGAACAAUCACCCAGAACUAUCAGAAAGUCCACCUAUUCGACGUUGAGAUUGAAGAUGGCCCUAUUUUGAAAGAGAGCAAGAAUGUCGAGCCUGGACAGAAGAUCCUUCCACCGUUUGAUACGCCCGUGGGACGUGUCGGUCUAGCUAUCUGUUUUGAUCUACGCUUCCCAGAGAUAAGCCUGUCAUUGCGGCGUCAAAACGCAGAAGUCAUUACCUAUCCAUCUGCGUUCACAGUUCCAACGGGCAGAGCCCACUGGGAAUCUCUACUCAGGGCCAGAGCUAUUGAGACCCAAUCGUAUGUGAUAGCCGCUGCCCAAGGAGGCCCCCAUAAUGAGAAAAGACGCAGCUAUGGCCAUUCUAUGAUUAUCAACCCUUGGGGCGAGGUGGUAGCAGAAUUGGGCGACGAGUAUCCAGACCCUGAAAUUCUGACUGCGAAUAUUGACCUCGAUCUUGUCUCUAAGAUUCGGAGGGAGAUGCCUCUACUCAGGAGGACCGAUAUCUACCCAGAGGUCUGAAUUGGGACGCGAUGAAAGCGCCAAAACAGGGAGCAGAAUUUGAUUCCUGGGACACCGAGACGAUAACUUAUUGAUUAAGAAUUCUCUUGCGCACUGAUUGUUAAUAAUAACCACCAUUUUGAUUCAAUUCACCAGUACUGAUGCGAUGGAAAGCAGUUCAGACGGAAUAUAAAGUAGUACAACAGGUUGGGGGGAACGAGAAAAGAAAUGGAAUGGAAGGACAUGCGAAAAACCCCAUCUAACCAAAGGAUCGGAACAUCAUAUCUGCCAUCGCAGGUGGUACAGGCGCCAACCGAAAUAAUCCCUUUCCGAUCUCUCUAUGUACAGUGUACAGAUUUAGGCGCAAGAACCGAUCCGUUUAUUUCUUGACCUUCUCGGGGUCCUCCAGGAUACCCUCGGCCUCAAGUCUCCGGCGAGCCUCCUCAAGAGCCCAGGUUUGUAUGCUAUUGAAUAAGUUAGCAUCGACUGAUCUCGCUCAUCCCUGACGUCCAAUUGCCCGCGCAAGCUACUCGCUUGGGCACAUAUAAAGCUCCCAGCAAACUCCCAGGAGAUAUGUAAGGGUAGAACUCACGAGGUAUCGGGCUUGAAAACAUAUGCAACACCGGCAACUAGCAGACUGCCAAUGAAUCCGUAGUACCAGAUACCCUCCCAGCCUUCCUUCUCGUACUUCUGGCCCGGUUUGACGCCGAACAGCCAGCCGGUCGGGGGGUCAUAGUGAUCGCCAUGGUCAGCGGCGCGGAGUUUGUUUGAGCUCGAGAAGGCCUGGGUGUUCUGAGGCCUGCGCAGGAGGCAGCGCGAACGAAGGAGAUGCGACACUGGCCGGGCAACCAUGUUGAAGACGGGGGUGUGACGGCUGGGGCUGAUCGGAAGGAGACUGGCAGUUGUGGGAGUUGCGGGAUCAAGGACAAGGCCAAUAAUAUGUCGCCUUGCCAACGUGGCAGCAACAAUCGCAAUUGGUAUGGCACCGUUUGGUGAAAUGGAGAGGAGAGGGGUUGUUCGGCGG